AGACAUCCGCCUAGUGGCCUCUUGAUCGAGGAAGCGAUGGUGGGUGGAUGUGGAGCUGCCCUACGUCAGGUGGCACAGCUGUGCGUGCUUACCCGCUAAUUCUAAUUCUAGGUUGUUGUGUGCUUAGUAUAUUCAGUCGCGUGGCGAGGGGAGGGGCAUCAAGUAGCAGAGUUGUGCCGGCGACUAAUCCGGGAGCAAAAGCGAAGGCCAACACAGCAAACUGCCUGGCUGGCUCUGUUCAAGAUUCCUCCGUUGCUUGCAAAGUGUCCGUGCUGGUUGGAGGAGCUUGCUCCGGUUCAUCAUCACCAAGGGUAGGUGUUUGUGGAAUUGCCCGCCUCCUUUGCAAUUGCAACAGCAGCGGCAGCGGAGUAAGUAAGGAAGGGCUAGGGAGAGCAGCAAGGAAAGGAUGGGCGUGCCGCGGGGGCUGUCGGCGUACAUGGUGGACAUGGUGUGGGCGGUGCUCGCCGGGUGGGUGUCGGCGUGCCUGCUGGUCGCCGACGAGAUCGCCCGCGGCAUGCGGGCCGGGGAGAUUGGCCCCUUCGUCGUGGGCUGAAUCUCACUUCGGGAACGGGAAAUCCUCCCUUCUGACUCCUUCCUUCACGCAGAUAGUUUUUUGGCGGAUCCAUCCAUGGAUACACAUUGCAUUAUACUGUACAGAGUCCCUAAAUCUCCAUUAGUGUUCAGCUGAAUGGCUUGGCCAUUGAUAGAAGUGACAGAGAUUCUAGAUGAUGUUUUCUUUUCUCCUUUCUUUCCACAAUUCUUCUGUUCUGUAUAGUAUUGUGAAGAAUUUAUUUUCCUUUUACAUUAUACGUAGUUCUCUGAAGAUAUGUGCAACUGCAUAAGAAUGUGUCAUAAACAUAUGUGCAACUUCAUGUUAUGUUCUUUUA